GCCGGCACCACCUUGGCGGAGGCUGAGCCAGGAGGAGGAGGAGGAAGAGGAGGAAGACCGGGGAAGGCAGCUCCCUUCGCCAUCUACCCUGGAAGCUUCCGCUGCAUCAGUAGCUGCGCAAUCCUCUGGCCUGGCUGGGCACGCAUCCUCUUCCACCCAACCCACCCGCCCGCGCGGUUUUGCAAGAAAGCCAGCCGGGCCAACGCCGUCCCUUGCAGCGCGCAAGCCAGGCUGCGAGCGAGCGGGGGGGCCGUUGCUUUGGCCCGCUGCUUGGGGGACGGGGCGUGAUGGUCCGGUGAGCGCCGGCCGGGCAGCCGUCCCCUGCCACCGCCCCACCGCCCGCUCGCCAUGGCUGCCAAGGAGGACUUGUACAGCCAAGUGGCGCCGUGGAGGAGCCGGCAGAGCCGGGCGGGCACCAUCAAACGCGGCUGUUCGCUGGAGAUCUUGCUCUCCAUGGGUUUCCCCAAGGCUCGAGCGCAGAAAGCUUUGGCAUCGACGGGAGGUCGAAGUGUGCAAGCAGCUUGUGACUGGCUCUUUUCCCACGUCUGUGAUCCCUUCCUUGAUGAUCCGCUUCCUCGGGAAUACGUCCUCUACUUACGUCCCACUGGCCCCUUAGCGCGGAAGUUGACUGACUUCUGGCAGCAGUCGAAACAGUUGUGUGGAAAAAACAAAGCCCACAACAUCUUCCCCCAUAUCACACUCUGCCAGUUCUUCAUGUGUGAAGACAGCAAGGUGGAUGCCCUCUGUGAAGCACUGCUGGCUACAGUGACGCGGUGGAGGUGCAAGUUCCCAGUUCCUUUGCCUCUGGAACUCUAUACCUCAUCAAACUUCAUCGGUCUCUUCGUUAAGGAGGAUUGUGCGGAGAUCCUGAAGAAAUUCGGGGCGGACUUUGCGGCGGAAGUCACCGCUAAAACUGAUGUGCAUGUGGAACCUCACAAGAAGCAACUUCAUGUGACUCUGGCUUAUCACUUCCAAGCCAGCCACUUGCCCACCCUCGAGAAGUUGGCUCAGAGCAUUGAUGUCAAACUGGGCUGUGACUGGGUAGCUGCCAUCUUCUCCCGUGACAUUAGAUUUGCCAAUCAUGAGACCCUGCAAGUCAUCUACCCCUACGCCCCACAGAAUGAUGACGAGCUUGAACUCGUGCCGGGAGAUUUCAUCUUCAUGUCCCCCGUGGAACAAAUCACAACUAGCGAAGGAUGGAUUUAUGGCACUUCGUUUGCCACGGGGUGCUCAGGAUUGUUGCCAGAGAAUUAUAUCACCAAAGCCGAUGAAUGUGGCACUUGGGUUUACCAUGGGUCAUAUUCUAUUAUGAAUGCCACUAUUUCCUCGUCUCUCGUGAUGUUCACUGAUGGGGUGAUGGAUCGAAGAGCCCAGGAAGAUCAAGGACCAGGAGAAACAGGGCCUCUCACAAUUUUCUGUCAGAGUAUGCAGCCCUUAAGGAUUGCCAACACACCUGGACCCCAGAAAAGAUGCCUUUUUGUUUGUCGUCACGGAGAAAGAAUGGAUGUCGUGUUUGGAAAAUACUGGCUCUCACAAUGUUUUGAUACCAAAGGAAGAUACAUCCGCACAAAUCUGAAUAUGCCUCACAACUUGCCUCAACGGAGCGGUGGCUUUAGGGAGUACGAAAAGGAUGCUCCCAUCACAGUGUUGGGAUGCACGCAAGCCCGGCUUGUGGGUGAGGCUCUCCUUGAAAGCAACACAGUCAUCCACCACAUCUAUUGCUCUCCAUCGCUGCGGUGUGUGCAGACCGCACACCAUAUCCUGAAAGGCUUGCAACAAGAAAAUAACCUGAAGAUUCGAGUCGAGCCAGGCUUGUUUGAAUGGACCAAAUGGGUACCAGGGAAUUCUCUUCCAGCCUGGAUCCCACCCCCAGAUUUAGCUGCAGUCAAUCUGAGUGUCGAUACAACGUACAGACCUCACUUAGCCGUGAACAAAUUAGGAAUUUCCGAAUCCUAUGAAACCUACAUCAGCAGAAGUUUUCAGGUCACCAAGGAAAUUCUAAGUGAAUGCAAAGCUAAAGGGAAUAACAUUUUGAUUGUUGCGCACGCAUCCUCCCUGGAGGCCUGCACUUGCCAGCUACAAGGACUGUCACCACAGAAUUCGAAGGAUUUUGUCCAGAUGGUCCGAAAGAUUCCCUACUUGGGCUUCUGCUGUUGUGAAGAGCUUGGAGAUACCGGACUUUGGCAACUCAGCGAUCCACCCAUCCUGCCUCUCACUCAUGGACCAACUGGCGGAUUUAACUGGAGAGAAACUCUGCUCCAAGAAUAAAGCCAAAAAAA